AUGACCGACGGCACACGUAUCGAGCGCCUAUGCAGACCGACAGCGACACGACUGAGGUCUUCCCUCGUCAUCCCCUCGCUUCCGCAAGUUCUCACGGAACUUGCGCACAACGCGCUUGACGCCGGCGCAACCCGCAUCGAGUGCUGGGUCAACCUCGUCCCCGGUGACGAGAGCGCGCGCCUCGAGGACGACGGACACGGUAUCGGGCUAGAGGACCUCGGUAUUGUGGGACAACGAUACAGCACAAGCAAGGAGACGGAGGGAUGGUCCGGUAACGGCGUCUACGGGUUUCGCGGAGAGGCGCUCGCGUCCAUAGCCGCGCUCUCGUUAAUGGAGAUAUCCUCCCGCGAACCAGAUGGUGAGACGUAUUCGAAGAUCGUGCGGAACGGUCAGACGAUAUACCUCGGCAAGGCCCGACACGAUCUCGGCCGUGCACAGGGUACUACAAUCUUCGUCCGCGACCUCUUCCAUGCGAUUCCGGUGCGCCGCGCAUCACUCGCUGCGGCCCCGGCGUCUUCCCUCACGGCAUGUCGACAGGCGAUUGAGGCACUCGUCCUCGUCGCGCCCAAGGUCCGGUGGACGCUGUGGGAGGACAAGCUGGGUGGCAUGCGGAAGGCCCUCCAUUGGGGCGGGGGCAAGAACAGCACCGAGGCGUUCCGCGGGAUAUAUGGGCACGCAAGCGUCGAGCGCGUGCUGAAGAUACGCGUGUCGUCUGGCGACAGGCGAAUGGACGGGUUCAUUAGCCUCGAGGGCGCGUUUACCAAGGCACACCAGCAUCUCUACAUCAACGGCUAUUCUGUUGCGAGCUCGGAGCUGCGCAAGCUCAUAGAACGCCGUUUCGCUGCGAGCCAGUUCUCCGCCUUGUCUAACAAUCUGGACGACGGGAGCGCGGCGCCCACGAAGAAGCGGCCCUCACCCCGCCGACUGGAGCGGUUCCCCGUCUACGUCCUCAACAUCAGCCUGCCUUCCAGCGAAGUUGAUGCCGCAUACGAUGCACGCAAGUCGACGAUCGGGUACAAGCAGCAGCCUGGCAGAACGCGUGCGUUCGUCAUCGCCGUCAUCGACGACUUCCUCCGCAAGAACGGGUUUGGCGUGCCAAGAUGUGGCACUGACUCACCUGUCCCGAGUCCCAGCAAACCACUCUCCCCGCGUCAGUCCGGCCGGAGCUCCACAGCUAUCCCCGAGGAGCGGGAGCCAAACCCGGCGAGGAGGUUAUUCUUAUUGAGCUACCGCCUUGGUAGUGUCACCCCUAAUGCUCUGGACAGCCCGCCGGCCGGUGACGAUACGUUGGAGCCUGAGGCGGACAAGCCGCUUGAUGACCAGGACAGUGUGCCUAUGCCAGAGACAGAGCCGUUCUCGAUUGAAGAGCUGCUCAAGACCUCUGGUCAGGUCAUCACACGCACACGCACGUUCGAAGAGCGCGACGAUGAAGAGCCAACAACAUACGUGACGUCCUGGCUACCGCCCGUGCCGUCCGAUAUGAAGUUCACUCACCAAUCCAUUACGUCUGCCACUGUCCUGCCACAGGUGGACCGCAAAUUCGUCCCCUGUGUAAUGCUGGCUGAGGACCACUCCAAGGCACAGCCAAAGGCCCUAGUCGUUAUCGACCAGCACGCCGCAGAUGAGCGCGUUGCCGUGGAACAGAUCCUGGACGCGUUGAACGAGGGCUUUGCGCGCAAUGACAUUCUGGUCACCGAGCUCGGGGAGGGCCUAGUGCGAGUGGUCCUCACACGGCAGGAGAUGGCGGCACUCGAGACCCCAGGUGUCCGUGAGGUCGUCCGGCGUUGGGGCAUUGGCCUUGACGACACCGUAGCGUCCAAGGGUGAAUACACCCAAGUCAACGCGACCUGCGUCCCUAAGCUACUCGACGCUCGGCUUGGACGCAAGAACCCGACCGAGCUCACCCGCCUGCUCCGCCUCUAUCUCCCUGAGCUAGCUGAUCACAUCUCUGAAAUCCAAGUGCUCACCAUGGUCCUCGACCGCGGGACCCGUGACCGCGCCCACAGCUGGGCGAGCGUGCAGCGCUGGAUGCCGCAAGAGAUGGUCGAGCUCGCCAACUCAAAGGCAUGUCGCGGUGCAAUCAUGUUUGAGGACCGUCUCGACACUGAUCAGUGCGAGCGGCUUGUGGGGCAGCUUGGUGCCGCCCGUAACCCUUGGAUCUGCGCUCACGGACGUCCAACGCUCGCGCCACUCACCCUCAUACCACAGUAUCGACCUCCUGCGCGCCGCCCAAUUGACUGGGCCGCAUGGAAGCGCAAGCACUUCGAGCAGCCCCGCCCCAGCGCAGUAUAG